CCACACACGCGCGCGCGCUCCGCUCGAAACCCUCGUGCCCACCGGCGGCGGCCAUGAACCCGGCGAUGGCGGCCGAGCUCCGGCGCCGCGAGAGUGAAUCGGUGCUCUUCUCCCGCCUGCUCUCCUUCGCCCACAGCGCCCUCCCCGACCCGCCCGUCUCCGCCGCCGCUCGCCUCUCCGCCCUCCUCCUCCCCCACGACGACCACAUCAGCCGCCUGCCCGACGCGCUCCUCCGCAACAUCGUCUCUCGCCUCCCCGUCAAGGACGCCGCGCGCACCGCCGCCCUCUCCAGCCGCUGGCGCGGGGUCUGGCGCUCCGCCCCGCUCGUCCUCGCCGACGCCCACCUCCUCCCCGACCUCAUCCCCGCCGUCACGCGCGCCGACGCACGCCGCGUCCCCUCCGUCGUGUCCCUCAUCCUCGCCGCGCACCCAGGCCCCUUCCGCUGCAUCCACCUCACCGUCAGCCACUUGGAGGAGUACCAGGGCCCGCUCGCGCGCUGGCUGGGGCUCCUCGCCGCCAAGGGCACCCAGGAGCUCGUCCUCGCCAACCGCCCGCCGCCGGUCGUCCUCCGGCUCCCCGCCGCCAUCUUCGGCAUUGACACACUCACCCGUCUCUACCUUGCACUCUGGAAGUUCCCCGACAUCCCCCGCACCGCCUACUUCCCCAACCUUCGCGAGCUCGGGCUCUGCACCGUCGUCAUCGAGAGCCGCCACCUGGACUCCAUCCUCGCCAGGAGCCCCGUGCUGGAGACCCUCUGCCUCCAGGGAAACAUGCUCAUGGAUCGCCUCACCAUCAACAGCAGAAGCAUUCGGUGUGUGUACGUCGUUGCCACCUCCGAUUUGGACAUCACCGUGGAGGAAGCCCCACAACUGCAGCGCCUCAUCGUCUGGGUAGCGUCCACCUGCAAAGGAGGCUCGCCGCGCAAGACGAUCAAGAUUGGCCGUGUCCAGGCACUGGGAUUGAUCGGCUACUUGGAGCCGGAAUUCCACACUCUGCAGGUCGGCGACACCACCAUCAAGCCUUCGGCAAAGCCUAGUCCUUUCACCAUGCUACCAACCGUGAAGAUCCUUGGCUUGAAAGUGCGUUUUGGUGUCCGCAAUGAAGCCAAGAUGCUGCCUUGCUUCCUCAGAUGUUUUCCAAAGGUUGAGAGGCUGCACAUCGAGUCCAAGGAAACUAUUGAGAGCAGUAGCAAGAUCAACCUCAAGUUCUGGAAGGAGUCUGGCACCAUCGCGAGCAUCUGCUCAAGCGUUAAUCUGAUCAUCUUCCACAACUUCCGAGGAGACCAGUGCGAGCUUUGCUUCCUCAAGUUCAUCCUGGAGAGUGCACAAAUGCUGACAAAGCUGGUGGUCGUGUAUCGCAAAGGAACCUUCGCCUCGCUGGCUGAGGCGCGUUCCAAGGUGGACCCUCUGUUCGACGUGUCAUGGGCCAGUAAGUGCUGUUCUCUGCGGCUUGUCCAGAGCGCACUUGCUGAAGGCGAAGGCCUCAAGAUACUCAACUUCAAAAGAGGAUCAAACUUUUCUCUGAGCGACCCUCUUGCCUUCACCGGCCGAUGUUAGUUUCCUUCACCGGCCGAUGUUAGUUUCGAUGGUGGUUCUUCAUGAUCUCUUGUACUAGUGUGUACAGGAAAGGCAGUAAGUACCGUUUGGGAUCGUUAGCUUGGAAACGUGACAGCAGGGUUGUGUUUAAGUUACUAUUUCCCUUGCCUAUGCACAAGGCAGUUUCUCCAUGUUUAUUUGGUACAAAUGGUCUGAUUAUUGCUUGGAUGAUGUUAGUGCUGUCUCACCCUUCCAAAAAUUGCUUUGUGGAAAGUAAUGUGAAUCUUGUUCUUUCUUCCA